AUGGAUGCAAACAGCGGCGAAGAGAGCACGACGAGCGACUCCCCGUCGGCUCCGGCGCUGCUGUGCCGCGUGGGGAGCGGCGGGAGCGUGGUGAUCGAUGCGGAGAACGGCACGGAGGCCGAUUCGGGCCGAAAGCUGCCGUCGUCCCGAUUUAAAGGCGUGGUCCCGCAGCCCAACGGGCGGUGGGGUGCCCAGAUCUACGAGAAGCACCAGCGCGUGUGGCUGGGGACCUUCAACACUGAGGAGGACGCCGCCCGCGCCUACGACACGGCGGCCCUCCGCUUCCGCGGCCGCGACGCCGUCACAAACUACCGCCCGCCGGCACUGAGCGACCGCGUGGAGGCGGCUUUUCUGGUGUCCCGCUCCAAGGCCGAGGUGGUGGACAUGCUCCGCAAGCACACAUACGCGGACGAGCUAGAGCAGAGCCGCCGGCACUACGCGUCCCGCGGCGCCGCCUUCCUCUUCCCCCGAGGCGGAGGCGGCGGCGCCCGCAACCACCUGUUUGCGAAGGCGGUGACUCCGAGCGACGUGGGGAAGCUGAACCGGCUGGUGAUCCCGAAGCAGCACGCGGAGAAACACUUUCCCCUCCAAAAUUACAAUGACAACAACAAUUCCAAGGGUGUUCUGUUGAAUUUCGAGGAUGAAGUGGGGAAAGUGUGGAGGUUCAGGUACUCUUACUGGAACAGCAGCCAGAGCUACGUUCUGACCAAAGGGUGGAGCCGAUUUGUGAAGGAGAAGAACCUGCGGGCUGGGGACGUUGUCUCCUUCCAGAAGUCAGCGGGGCCCGAGGGGCAAAUGUACAUUGAGUGGAGGAAGAGUGAGGGGGGGUCAGGGUCGGGAUCGGGAGCGGUGAGGCUGUUUGGAGUCGACAUAUCCCAAGGUCCGGGGCCCGAGAGCCGUGGUGGGCCCACAUGGGACGAUGGGGUUGAUUUGGAGUUGGGGUUUUUGAGAUUGAGUCCCACAAAGAGACAGAGGUUUAGUAUUCAUCAAUUAAAUUAA